AUGGAUAUUGACUUCCACCCCGGCGUCAACGGGUCUGACCCUUAUGUUGACUUCUACCCAUAUACUCCCUCCGCCACAGCAGGGUACGCAUUCCUAGUCAUAUUUGGCAUCGCAACAGUUGUUCAUCUGGUCAUGAUGUUUCCAUAUCGCGCUCCAUACUUCGUACCUCUCGUUCUAGGGGGUGUUUGUGAAUCAUUCGGAUACUACGGCCGGGCAUGGUCGCAUGAAGACAGAACAGAAAUUGGCUCGUGGGCACUUCAAGAGAUGCUAAUUCUUUGCUCACCCCCACUCAUCGCCGCAACAAUAUACAUGGUUCUCGGUCGAAUCAUCCGCUCCUUCAACGCCGAGCAUCUAGUGAGCAUGACUCCGAAAAAGAUAACCGUCAUCUUCGUUCUGAACGAUGUACUUACUUUCUGUACACAACUUGGCGGUGCUGGUGUUCAAGUCACCGGAGAUGCACAUCUCAUGUCGAUCGGCAAGAAAGUCGUUUUGGCAGGUCUGAUCUUUUCUCUGUUCGUGUUUGCAUUCUUUGUUUGGAUUGCAGCAACCUUGCAUCGAAGGCUCAAUAAUACGCCUACAGAUAUUCUGACGAUGAAUGAUCUUUAUUGGAGGCGUUACAUGUGGGCUUUGUAUGCAGCCUGUUCUGCUCUGAUGCUUCGAAAUCUUGUUCGAACUAUUCAGUUUGGGGUGAGUAAAAGUUCCGCUCUCAAUCAAAAGGAACUUUUUAUCUACCUCUUUGACGCCUUCCCCAUGUUCUUCUCUAUGCUCGUUUUGGCUGUCUGUCACCCUGGUCUUCUUAUUAAGAAAGCCCGCCGGUUGGGCAAAGUUGCUGCUUUCCAUGAUCCUCUGAUGAGUGGGGAUCACAUGUCAGAUAUCCCGUUGGUGUCACGCCAGGCACGCAUGAUGCCUGUUUAA